CAAUGCUGAACGUGCUCCCGACUACUAGCGACUAGCGAGUCAGGACGCAAGCAACAACAGCCGCGACCUUCGUGCUUCUCUUGAUCCUUUGCACAGUGCCACCUCGAUUGCACCCGCACGAGGAGACCUCAGAGCAGUCCAUCAAGAUACACAUUUGAGCCAACGUCCGGGGGUCCUCCAUCCUAACCUCGCUUCCAGGUCCAACUCACCAUGGGUGGGUAUGAGCUUCAUCAGAAGCUGCGAACGAAGGCCGUACGACAAUUGAAGAAGAAGGAUUAUGCAGGCGCCAUCGAAUCGCUGCACGGGGGAGCCGUCGAGCUGCUGAAGGAGGGAGAGCAAGGAUCCGGUUGUGACUUGGGAGUUUACAUGAUCGAUGUAUAUGGUCAAGCUGAACUACCUAGCGACGAGACCAGCAGAGGUCGAAUUCUCGAGAUCGUCAAAGCUGCCAAGCCUGACUUCUGGCGCAAGAAGGUGAUUGAUGCGGCCAUAAAGUGGUCUGCGAAGGUGACAAGUGCACCAGCUGGAGAUGGGCACUUGCGUCUGGCAUUGGGAGAAGCUCUUGUAGCCUCUGGCGAGUUCUACGCGGCAGAAGGACACCUCCUCGCAGCUUCGGCACCGCCCCCCGGAAACGCCAGCUUAGCUUCUCAACAUUUUGAUGCAUCUGCUCCUACCAAAUUCGCCUCCAGUCAGCUGACCUGGCUGUAUGCGCAUGCGGAGACAGAGUCUCAAGCCAAAGGCGAGAGCAGGGAUCAGGCAACCAUCGCAAGGUCAGCAUCAGGAAGAUGGGCCUUGAGAGGACUAUUGCCGUUGCUUGUCGCUCGAGCUUUCACAGGCUCUCGAGCAUUCCUCAUUGCCUACGUCAAAGAGCUCGUCACAAAGCAUCCAAAACUUCUAUUGCCAACUCAACCGAAUCCCAAGGCGUUCUCGCCUGUCGGGGGAACAACUACUGUGCAAUCCGAUCCGUUGCAGCUGUACAUGACGGCCAACGCGGAUCUCAACUUCGCUCAAAUGACACUCGCUCUCGUGGGUCAAGCCGUGAGCGUCAAAAAGUCGGGUCAGAGGGUUGGCGAUCAGCUGCGCAAUGCAUGGGGAGGACUCAUUCAGCAGUACCAGAGGGAAGGACCUGCGCUGGAAGCGGACGAAUUCGUUGGUGAUACGAUCAAUGGUAUUUCGACGCUCUACUUUGACGUCAGGUCCAAUCAGCCGCAGGGAAACUUUAUGCAGGACAUGCUUGGAGCUCUGAUGGGCGGAGGACCCCAAGGUGGCUCGCAGCCGGCUCCAGUCAUCGUCAAGCAACCGCCCGCACCUAAGGGCGUACAGAGGCCAGACACCGAAGAAUCUGCCGGAGAUGGGGGAGAGGAAUUGGACCUCGACUGAUUUCGUUGAUCUCUCACCUUGGGCGCCACACGAUCUGCAGCGAAAGUAGCAGAUCAAGCGAGUCACCGCAGUAGACUAUGCAUGCAUCUAAUUGACCAGAGCCUUGCUGUGAUUUGCGUACUCCGACACGGAGCAGCGAUGCGUCAAUAUUGGUGCUGAGGGGUGGACGAUUUCUUUGGUCCUUUUGUGCUGUGGCGACACAGGACAUCAAGGACGAGCCCAAGCUCCGGUCCUCAUGUGAGCGCGCAUUCGAUUCUGCUCGUUCGACGCAUUCGCGACUUCCUCCUCCACCAUUCGAGCCCACGCUUCGCUGUCGAGGUUAAUGAGCAUUCUGACGGCAGACCUAGCAGCCGUGGUUACCAUCUCAUUUGCGAUUGCCGUAAGACCAGGGAAAC